CGCUCCGAAUCCCACAACCACAAUGGACUACGUCCAACAGCGAGUUGCGCAAGCCGCAUCCAACACAGAUGCCAGCAGCAGCUCCCUCUUCACCCCUCUUAACGCAAUCCUCCUGAGCCUGCUCCUCUACACAGCCUACACCUUCCUGAAACCCACACCCCCGCCCUCCCUUCCGCGCGAAGAACCGGCCACUGUCUUCCGAACCUUCACUCCCCGGACGCUGCUCCCCUACAACGGGGAGAACGGCAUGCCCGUGUACCUGGCGGUGCGCGGACGGGUGUUUGACGUGACCCGCGGACGCAACUUUUACGGUCCCGGCGGACCCUAUGCAAACUUUGCUGGGCGGGAUGCCUCGAGGGGACUGGCGUGUGGCAGUUUUGAUGAGGACAUGUUGACGAAAGAUCUGGAUGGGCCGCUGGAUACGCUGGCGGAUUUGGGGGCUGAGGAGAUGGAGGCGUUGAGGGGCUGGGAGGAGAGGUUUGAGGAGAAGUAUUUGGUUGUCGGCAGGUUGGUGGCUGUUGGGGAGGAGGGGGCAAGGGAGGACGGGGGGCAGGAGAAGGCUUAG